CAUCUGAAGCUUAUGACCACGACUUAGGUUUUGAAUUAGGCACAAUUGUAUUUUAUUAAUUGUUCAGUUAGUUUUUUUUUUUCUUUUUCUUUUUCCUUUCUUUCUGAAACAUAUAGACCUUUUGCAAUUGUAUACAGUGCUACUGCUUUCUUAUCUAUCGUUAUAGAUUUUUUUUUUUCUUUUUUGACAGAGAAGUUUGUUAUUUCUUGAUUUUGCAUUUUUUAUAAUAGUAGUCACAAGAUGCGCCGUUCCAAUGUGUCUAACAUCCAAAAGCCUACUACUGGUAAUGCACCGAGUAAACGCUCUCGUGUGCAAACUACUGAUCAGCCAUGCCCAAAUGGAUCCCGUUCUACUUCAGGUAGUGCAAUGAGUAAACGCUCUCGUGUGCAAACUACUAAUCAAUCAUGCGAAAAUUAUGGAGAAGAUGGACUCAAUUCUGCUAUUGGUACCACUACAGAACGAACUACUACUGGGGUCAGAAUUAGUUCACGUCUUCAGCAUCAAACUGCUAAUGAUCAGCUAUUGAUAAAUGUUACAACUGAAGAGCAAAAUGAUAAUGUGAUGUCAACCAGUAAUCAAGACCCUCCUACAGGUCCAACAAAAAAGGUGCGGGGAAAGACAAGAGGAGUGAAUGCAGAUAAGGUGCUUUCUCAAUUGAAUGCUAAAAUACCUGUCACUCUGACCGAACAAAAUGGUAGGCCUACAGGCCCAUAUUCUGAAAUGUUGGCCAAUGAAAUUGGUUUCACAGUUCGAAACCAUGCCCCACUAAAUGUGGAAAAAUGGAAGAAAAUUCCAAAAAUUGAAGUGGAUAAGUUGGUUAAAAGAAUAACGAACAAGUUUGACAUUGACAUGUCUCUCCCUUGGGUCAAGAGAUAUGUAAUUACAACAUGCCAGACUGUAUUUUGUAAUUUUCGUUAUAAGUUGAAGAAACAUUUUGAGAAAUUUUCAACAAUCGAGGAAGCAAUUGAAAACAAACACGAUGAUGUCAAGACUCAGGAAGAAUGGGAGUUUCUCUGUGCUCGUUUUUCUAGUGAAAAGUUUCAGAUUCGUUCAGAGAAAAAUACUAUAAAUAGGUCAAAGUUGACACAUCACCACAAAGCUGGGUCAAAGUCAUUUAUGUCUCACCAAGAGCAAAUUGUAAGAUAUUUAUAA